CAAAAGUUUCUACUUCCUAAAAUGAAAAUUACUAACAAUUUUUCUACUCUGUAUGUCUGCUUAUUCUCUAUCUCUGCAUUAAAAAAUAUAUACACGUGGAUUUACCUAUGUCUUCCAAUUGUUCAUUCCUUCAGUCAAAAUUAAUAAAAAAACCCUUUUAUUAAUAAAUCUUAUGAAUUUUAAAGAAAUAUUUAUUGUUAGUAUAUAAAUUUUAAAUAUGUAAAUAUUAUUUUAAAAAUAAAAACUAAAAAUUUUUUAAUUUAAAUUACAUAUGUAUAAUUAUGUAUUUUAUUUUAAACUACAUAUGUAUUUUCUAUCUUUUUUUUGUUUAUUCAUCCCUUAAAUUAUUUUUAGAAAUGAUUAAACUUAAAACUACAAGUUUAUACUAUAAAAUUUUGUAUUUAUUUUUAAUUAUUUCUUUAAUUGUGCCUUUUCUACCUUUAAUUAUUUGUCAAUUUGAUUUGCAUCAACCGUGUUUUUGUAAAGUUGGGGAGGCUAUAGAAAGUUGCCCUUGUGAUGGAAAAACUAUUGAUGCAAUAAACAAUGUGAAGGUUUAUCCUUCUCUACAGGGACUUUUGCAAAGAGAACCUUUUAAAUUUUACAAGGUCAAUAUGGAGAAACCUUGUCCUUUCUGGUCUGAUGACUCUGGACAGUGUGCAUCUAAAGAAUGCACGAUUGGCUAUUGUGAUAAUGAAGUUCCUGAAGCUCUUCGUGAUUUGCCUCGUCGUCCAAGCAAUGCAAGUUCUAAUGAGGCUUUAACUGAACCUGAUUGUUUUUCUGAUGGGAAAAAGAGCAAUAAAUUUGAUCCCUUGGAUUCAUCUCUAACUGAUGUAGAUAAGGCACAAUUGAGGGAUUUGGAUAUAUUCGAGACAAAUAACAACAAAUUUUGUGCUGCUGAAGAUGAAAAUUUUGAUGAAUUACAUUAUGUGAAUUUGGCUAAAAAUCCUGAACGUUAUACUGGCUACAAAGGCAAUUCUGCAUUAAAAGUUUGGAAAAGUAUUUACAGUGAAAAUUGUUUCAAGCCUGACCCUAAAUUUGAUAAAAAUUUUCUUUUGCAGCCAACUCCUAUAGGGAUGUGUUUGGAGAAGCGUGUUUUCUAUAGAUUGAUUUCUGGGCUUCAUUCUGCAAUUACUGUUUCUAUUGCUGCAAAUAACUAUAAACCAGCUCCUGUUGGUUUUGGAGAAGGAACUUGGUUUCGCAAUACAAAAAUGUUUACUGACAGAUUUGGCACAAAAUGGAGUAAAGAAGGCCCCGAACGUUUAAAAAAUAUUUAUUUUACUUUUAUGCUUGAAUUGCGCGCUUUAGUCAAAGCUGGCCCUUAUAUUCAACAAAGCAAAUUUUUUUAUACAGGAAAUAAAAAUAAUUUACACGAAUCAAAUGCUCGUUUACUUCGAGAAGAAUUUCGUCAACAUUUUUGGAAUAUUUCACGAAUUAUGGAUUGUGUUGAUUGUGAUAAAUGUAGAUUGUGGGGAAAAGUACAAACACAUGGAAUGGGUAUUGCUUUAAAAAUUCUUUUUGCUGAUUUACCUCGUAAUGGUGCUUCAACAACAAAAAAUAUUGAAAAUUCAAAAAUGGAUAAUACUUCAAUUCCAUUCAAAUUAACUAGAAAUGAUGUUGUUGCUCUCUUUCAAAGUUUUGGUAGAUAUUCAUCAAGUAUUUGGGAAAUUGAAGAAUUUCGAAAAGAAUAUAACGAAGAAUUGUGCCUUCCAAAUUUAUAG